AGGAGGAGGGAGCGCGCGGAGGAGAUCUGACCGUAAUCUCGCUGCCAGCAGCGGGUGAAACGGGUGGAAGACACCGCUGAAUCCACGGAGCGAAUGUGUCGAAGAUCCAACCUAGAACUAAGUUCACCGAGGAGUAAAACCGUGGAGACAGCGGGUCCAACAGAAUGGAGGAAGCUGCGGAGAAACAUCGGGUCUUUUUGAAGGAAUAAUCUCAGAUUACGAAGAGGAACUGUCGAGUUGGAGAGAAAAUGAGUUCAGUGUUUCCUGCAGAUCUUCAUCAGACUCUGCUGAUCAGAGCAGAUGCUCCUGAGGAAUGGAAGCCUGACGUGGACCAGCAGGAACCAGAACACCUCCACAUGAAGGAGGAAAAGGAGGAACUCUGGACCAGAAUGGAGGGAGAGCAGCUCAGCGUGAAGGAGGAGACUGAUGCCAGCUGGUUUUCAUUCACUGCAGUUCAUGUGAAGACUGAGGAUGAUGAAGAGAAGCCUCUGUUCUCACAGCUGCGUCAUCAUCAAACGGAGGACAGAGAUGUUCCAACCAGCAGCUCAGCUGACCAGAUGAAAGUAGAAGCUGAUGGAGAGGACUGUGGAGGAGCAGAAACCAGCAGGAACCCAGAUCUAAAUCCUCAUGGAGAUGCUUCCAGCUCUUCAGAGACUGAAGUCAGUGAAGAUGAUGAAGAGGACGAGGAUGGGAACAAUGCUGACUCUCAACACUUCUAUGGACUCACAGACAUGGUGUUUCCUGCAGAUGUUCAGCAGACUCUGCUGAUCAGAGGAGAUGCUCCUGAGGAAUGGAGACCUGAUGUGGACCAGCAGGACCCAGAACACCUCCACAUAAAAGAGGAAGAGGAGGAACUCUGGACCAGAUUAGAGGGAGAGCAGCUCAUUGUGAAGGAGGAGACUGAUGCCAGCAGGUUUUCAUUCACUGCAGUUCCUCUGAAGAGUGAGGAUGAUGAAGAGAAGCCUCUGUUCUCACAUCUUCAUCAGCACCAAAUGGAGGACAGAGAUGUUCCAACCAGCAGGAACCCAGCUCUAAAUCCUCAUGGAGAUACUUCCAGCUCUUCAGAGACUGAAGUCAGUGAGGACGAUGAAGAGGACCAGGAUGGGAACAACCCUGACUCUCAGCUGGAACACUUGUCAGACUCUGGGUCUACAACUGAAGACAGUGACAAAGACUGGAAAGAGAGCAGAGCUCCUGAUCCCUUGCAGAUGUUCGAUGCUGUCUACCCGUUUUGA